UAGUUUGUGUCCAAUUUUUUUUUCACAAUUAAUCGAACUGGCAACUUCGGACGUUAGCCAACUCUAUUGCCGUUUUUAUUUUUCUGGGUGCCUGUUCAUCGCUGAAAAUGUUUCAUUCCUAGUCGAUUGCAGACGAAUGGGGUCGCAAGAAAAGAAUCGUGGGGUCGUGGGGAUGACACAUGGCUUCACUUUCGUGUUAUUUUCAUAAAACUUAGGUUGGAAAAAUAUGAAUAAUAUAAUAAUAUGCAUGAUCAAAUGCCAGAUUGUGUGAGGCUGAAAGGCAGUCUUACAAAAAUGGAUUUGAGAUUAUCAAUGAGAAAAAUGUGUUAUUAUGCUAUGUAGCAUGAAUAGGGACUUGGUUACUUUACACAAAACUGGAAGGGCCAUUGACAUUACUUCCUCAUCCAUCUUGGCAAUUGGUUUGGUAAAGCGAUCAAUGCCAGGGAAUUUUACCAAUUAACCUUCAUUUUCAAGAUGUCUUGAAUUCCUCCCACAUAAUUGGUUAAACGAGUGAAAAUGGCCACUUUCUCACUCUGAAGUUUUCCAUCACUGGUUUUCAGAAGGAAGAUAGUGAUUCCAAUCUGAGUGUUGUUGCUUAUUAUUGGACCACCCUCAUCCCCCUGAAAUGAAGCAAACAGCACACAGGUUUCCUGUAAUAAUUUUUUGUUCAUAGAUAACAUUCUGAAGAAAAGUACAAUUAAACCUUACCUUACAAACACUCCAGCCUUCAGUUCUUGCAGCACAGAGGUGACAUACAAGAUUAUACGCGGCACCUAAUUUCAAUCAAAAGUCUUUAUGCAAUUUCCGAAACUCCUCCUUCAAAUAAGCCAUCUGUAUCGCAACCAUAUUCCGUAUCCUCUCUUCCCUGUUCGUAGCCAAAUGCGUAAUUUUUUAGGAAUGAAUCUGUUCUAUAGCAUCAGACCUGUAAUUCACCACCACCAGGAAGUGUAGAAGCCAUAGCUGAUCCACAGCUAAACAAACACUGUAGCCAGUAUACUCAUGCCAUUGUACCCUUGCCAGUGCUGAAUAGCAGGGUAAUUUCGAACAAGCUUUCACGUUUUCCAGCUGCACUUUUUUCUGCUGUAAUCCUACAACCGAAAGACCGCCAUUAUUAUUUUAAACCUUUAACUUCCUUUAUUAGUAUUAUAUACAGGUGUUUGGGCUUUGAUUCAACCUGAGAACCAUUUAUCUUUCGACAAUUUCUUCAAUGUGCCGUACUACCAAUGGCAAGCUUGAUCUGCAGACUGCAGUCUCAUCUCCUUGAUUCAGAGUGAGCCGAUUAAAUGGCGAAGGAAACAACUGGCCUGGCUUGGUCUCAAUCUCUCACAAAUACUCAAAAGGAUUAAGAAUCCCGCAAUAGUUCUGGCGUUAGCUUUUCGCCAUCAAGCCUGUAAUCUUACCGGUAGAUGGUAUGAACAUGUUUCUUUUCAAAUGAAAAAGAAGAAAAACGUUUCAUUCUGCAUAGUGCUAAAGCAGGUAUGCGACUGUCAGCGGCAACAUGCUAUACCUACUGCUAGUGUUAUCCAUUUUCGUUAUUGGAUUGCUCGUUUGGCUUUGGCGGUGGGAAUGCUCUUCAUUCGUAAGACAAAUCGACCGAAUUCCUGGACCGCCCAAAGUUCCGUUCUUCGGGAACGUGUUUGCGAUUCCCCGAGAUGGCUCAGAAUUUCUUCAUACCUUGCAUGUAAAAUGGGUCAGGAAGUACGGCCGCAUCUACCGGACGUGGAAAGGAACAAGUGCUAUUGUUUCGAUUUCUUCCCCACAACAUGUCGAGCGCCUUCUCACUAGCCAGAAAAACAUUGACAAGAGCAGCUAUUAUGCUUUUCUUGAGCCUUGGCUGGAAAAUGGCUUGCUAUUGUCAUCAGGUGAAAAGUGGAAAAAAGAUAGGCGUUUGGUGACGCCGGCCUUUCACUUUCAGAUCCUUGGUGAUUUCUUUGAUGUCUUUAAUCGAAACGCUGUCAUCUUAAUCGAUCAAAUCGUCAAUCGGCUGGUAGAUAGCAAGGAAAUGGACAUUUUCCCAUUGAUUUCACGCUGCACAUUGGAUAUCAUCUCAGAAGCUGCAAUGGGCAUUAAAAUUAACACACAGAUUGAUUCAGACUCUGAGUAUAUUAAAGCCGUUGAUCGGGUACAGGAAAUGACGAGAGCAAGAUUUUACUCCGCCGAGGGCUUGCUACCAGAUUGGAUCUAUUUCUUGCUGACACGGAACGGACGCAAACAUCGGAAAUAUAUCCAAACAUUGCAUGCCUUCUCAAUGAAGGUGUUGCGCGAAAGAAAAGCACAGCUGGAAUUUGCUAAAACAAUUGAUGUUGUAGACGUCAAAGACACAUCGUCAACUAAAGCUCGGAAGAGACGACCGUUUUUAGAUUUGUUGCUAGAAACGGCAAGAGAAGGAGCUGAUUUGAGUGAAGCCGAUAUUCUCAGCCAAGUUGACAAUUUUAUGUUUGCGGGUCAUGAUACCACAUCAACUGCAAUCACUUGGUUUCUUUAUUGCAUGGCUACCCAUCCGGACGAGCAGGAACGCGUCUAUGAAGAAAUCCAGGAAUGUUUUGGAAAUUCCGAUCGGUCCUGUGCAUUGGAAGAUCUGCGCAAACUAAAGUACCUUGAAUGUUGCAUGAAAGAAUCUAUUCGACUCCAUCCAAGCGUCGCUAACUUUCGGCGACAAAUAAGCGAACAAGUCCAGUUGGACGAUUAUACCAUACCCGUUGGCGCUUCGAUAAGCGUCCAAAUAUAUGCCCUCCACCACAACGAGGAGCUUUUUGCUGAUCCAUUAAGUUUCAAACCGGAACGGUUUCAAGUCGAGCAGAGCAUCGGACGCCAUCCUUUUGCUUUCAUACCCUUCAGCGCCGGACCGAGGAACUGCAUUGGACAGAAAUAUGCUGUGUACGAGGAGAAAGCCAUUCUAGUGGCUCUCUUACGGAAAUUCCAUUUUACUAUUGACGCCCGUCAUCGACCAAUAAAAGAGACCCACGGUAUCAUAAUGAAACCAGCAAACGGAAUGCCCCUUUUAAUAACUUUGCGAUAAUAAAAAGCGUUGCAGUACAUCUUGUUUCAACAAAUAAAAUAAAGCUUUUUUUGUUAUGUUCGACACUUAAAUAAAUUUAGUUCUAAUAA